AUGAGCUCUUGGUUCAGAUAUAUCGUCUGAAACAUAUCUACGAAUAUAAGAUGGAAUGAUAUAUCUCUUAUAUAGAAACGCCUCUUCACAGGACUCCAUCUCCCAGCAGGCCGUGCGGCUCCACGUGACGCAGCCCUCCAGCAGCAGCAUGGCCGCGUUCAUGGACCUCAACGUGAGCUUCUCGGCCGAGAAGAGCCGCAUGAAGAGUCUCAUCGAAGCAGCCGCUCACCUCGGGUUCUCUACGGUCGCCAUCAACUACGUGUUUGAACCCACCGCCAAAAAGAAACUGGAGAUUCCAAAACCAACGCCGGUCCAAGAGCUGAUGGGUCCGCUGCCCGUCGUGCAGGGUCGGUCUCGUCCAAUCAGAGUGCUGAACAGACUGACAGUAGUGAUGUCAGACGCCUCCCACUUUAGGCCUAACGCUACAGAGUAUCGUGGUUUCGACCUCCUCGCCGUCCAGCCUACAACAGAGAAACUCUUCCAUGCCGCCUGUCUUCUCUAUGAUGUCGACAUCAUUUGUAUCUCAGUAACUGAGAAACUUCCGUUCUUCUUCAAGAGAGCGCCGGUCAACGGGGCCAUCGACAGAGGGGUGGUGUUCGAGGUCUCCUACUCUGCAGCCAUCAGAGACUCCACCAGGAGGCGCUACACCAUCGCCAACGCCGUCUCUCUGAUGGAGAGCUGUAAGGGGAAGAAUGUGAUCCUGUCCAGUGCAGCUGAGAAGCCUCUGGAGCUCAGGGGGCCUUAUGACAUCACCAACUUGUUACUACUGCUGCUACUACUCUCUGGACGAAUAGUACUAGCAUUGAGGCUCAUGACGACAUGUUGUCCACUGUCAGAAAGCAGGAAGUCAGCCAGCGGCAUCAUCUACACUAUGAAGACCUGCAGUGAGUCCUCCAGCCAGCAGGGGGCUCCAGCUGCUGACUGUGAAGCUCCUGCAGCCAAGAGAGUCAAGCCUCACCUGCCUCAGUGAUAGGCAACUGAGGAGGGCGGGGCUUCUGGAUGGAGACAAGACUGAUUUUUGUUUUUUAUUUUUAUAAACUGUUGAUGAAUCGAUAACAAUUUCUCAUUGAAACUCCAGAAACAUCGAUUGUAUUUUUAUUUCAUAAAUAGUAACUUCUUUUUUAUUAAUGUGUCACCUGAGAUAAGUUUUAAAUUUAUUGUAUGUUGGAAACACAGUAUAAUAAGAUCAAUAACAUCUCAUCUGUGUGAAGGCGAAGGCUCUGAAUAUUAAAUACAGCAUCUUUAAGUCAGACGCUGAAACUCGUAGUUUUAUUCAUUAAAGAAAACGGACAACUGUUUAAUUAGAAUGUUUUCUUUUUAAAUCAGCCUGCAGUCUGCUUGGUCAACCCCAAAGCAGGAAAUGAUGUCAUUAAAAAUAGAGCUCGACAGGAAGCUGCCUUUACAUUCAGUCACAUUCAUGAAAACCUGCUUCACAAUUCAAAAAUGUCUCUAAAAAUAUAAAUGUACAAUCAGGAAGAUUUCAGACUUUUGGAAGAAUACAUUAAUAUAAUUUAUUUCCCUUUAAUGAAUGCCAACUCCCUUUGAAGAGAAACAUUUCAAAACCCUUAGACCAGAACUCUAAAGAGACUUCUGGUCUCCGAUAUCACAAACAAUAUUCAUAAAUCCAUCACUGAUCCCAAAACUACAUCAAGAAUACAAGAAACUA